AGAUUUCAUGCACGGGGCAAUUGAAAACAUAGCCGUAUACUUUUGGAUGCCCGCCCCUGUGAAGAUGACCAUCACCCACCUACGCCUUUGUUUUCCUUCCGAGGAUGGCGAUCGAUAAAACAUGCCCAGCGCCGCGGCGUCCGCUUGCACGCCAGUGUACACGUGAUCGCGACGCCGUCCGGAUGCCGCCCCCAUGCACCGCCAUGGCCGCCCGUCUCCACGAUGAUUCCGCCUACCGAGGCGACCAGAGUCGCCCUUGAGCCGCCCGUUGGCGGCCGGCUGCGCAGGUCUGGGUCUGUGAGGCUGCGCAGACAGCACGGUCUUCAGCCUCCAUUACAUCCACUCCAGUUGUGUGGCUGGCUCACACUUUGCGCAUUGGCUGGCGGUGCAUUGUUCUAUCUCGUUCCAGCACUACCGAAUUACGCUCAGCCCGCCGCUGCCGCCACAGUUUCCGUCCUUUUAUUAAUACAUCUUGCGAGUCACUUGGCAGCCGCUCUAAUAGAUCCGGCCGAGGAAGCUCUUCGGCAAAGGGCUUUAUUGCCAGUUCCCCAGUUGGACAGGGUCAAGCACGCUCACGUAAUCGAGGACGGGUUUUGCCAUCUUUGCAAUAUCAAAGUUGCCAGUUCCAGAACUAAACAUUGCAGCGCUUGCAACAAGUGCGUGGCAAACUUCGAUCACCAUUGCAAGUGGCUAAACAACUGUGUGGGAAGUCGAAAUUACGCCGCAUUUUUGAUGUGCGUCUUCAGUGCAGUUUUGGCUGCCGCCCUUGUGGCCGCCCUUGCAAUAGCCAGCUUGAUUUACCACUGCUUGGGGCGCGUCGACUCACCCCAAGACCAUACCAAGGGAGAAGUUGGAACAAAGCUGAACUCUUCAUCUCCUACUCAAUCGCACCCUUCUUCUCUACCUUCACCUGACGCCACAUUUCUCGCCAUCUUAGUAGCUCUGGGUGCUUUGGCCGCCAUAACUGCUGGCCUUCUAUUGCAUUUGUGUUUCUUCCACAUUUACAUAUCAUAUCUGGGACUGACCACUUAUGAGUAUAUCAAACAUCAGCGGCAGACCAGCGAUCAGCCUCCUACCUCUACCAACCGAGAAAAUGAGUCGUCUGAACAACAGCUCGAAAAUGAGAGCAACAAUUCCACCUUAAGACAUCGGCCAUCGAAUCUGGAAUGUGAAAGCAGGACCAGAACCACAUUUUUCAGCUGUACAGUGUUGGAAGAAACCUUUUCUGGCUGCAAUCCUGAACCUACCCCAACUCCCCCGACAACUCCACAGGAUUGUCAAAUGUGCGUGAUGACUAACAACUCUGUGUCCCCCGAGGUUAAAGUUCCAGCGAAAAAAAAGGUGCGCCGGAAAUGGAACUGUUGCGUUUCCGUUCCAGACAGUCCCGAUGAUCCCCACAGCCCUCCAGAGCCCCGAUGCUUAAUGUCCCUUUGCAAGCACAAAGCAAAAAGUAAAAAACUUCCACCGGCAUUGGAAGGCAGACCUCAUCGAACACAUGGAUACUGGUCGAGUGCCAAGCUGCGGUUAUUAUUUAGAGUUUUAGGUAAUUUAGGCCAACAGAAGAGACGGAACCAGUCCCAAUCCCAGACCAACUCCGGACAACUUCCGAAGGCUAAUCAAGUGGUACCGCGAAGCGACGGUACCCACAACCCUCCCGUCCCUAUUCAGACUGUGAGCAACCUGGUUCCGGUACCAUGUUAUCCGGAAGUAUCGCGCAGAGCCAACACUUUGCCGUCUUUGGCUGCUCCCCCUAGAAGAAGGUUGUUGAGUGAAAUGGAGCUAGCCAAUGCCUUAACACUGUUGCAACAGCAACAGCAGAGAUGCGGACGACGUCCAUCUACCCGACGGAGACGGCGCAGUGUGGUGCAUCGCCCCAAAACUCCGGCACUGUCGCCAAUUAGAGAGAGUGGACUCAGCAAUCCGGCAUCACCGUCUCGGCAGACAUGCGCAAUCACUGGGACCUGUACCAGAUCCACUUCUUAGUAGACUUUUUCAAUGUGGAUCAAGUGUGGGCGUUGGACAGGAAUUAUUUCAGAAAAAAACUUGGACAAUGAGUGUCUGUCUUAAAAUAAUCAAAAGUUCUGUCAUUUUUCUCCAUCCGAAUUUAUUAUAUUGCGUAGUAGUUGGAAAAGGUAUAAAAAGAAGUUAAAAAAUAAAAGGAAAGUGGAAGUUAUUCGAUGAAUAUCUUUAAUAGACAGGGGUUUUACUGCAUGCAAUUUCCGCUGCAUAUUUUAACAUGCCAUCUAAAAGCGCAUCUACAAGGCGUUCAAUUUUUAAACUGAUUGUCCUGCGUUAAUUUGUUGUUUUGUAGUUAUUUCUAACACAGUGACACUUACAAAAAAAUUCAAGAUACAAAAAAGCUUGAAAAUUAAACCAGGAGUGUAAAGAAAAAUUAUGUACAUAAGAAGGCUUAGUGAAUAUAUACGUUCAAAUGACAAAAUAUGCUUUAACACUGGUGCUCUUUAACGCAAAUUUAAUAUAAACCAUGUUGUCGCUACAGCGUUGGUCUGAAUGAGCCAUUAGGUCACUGUUACCUCUUAACAGGUGAUUUUAUGUCUUUAAACUGCUCGCUAAAUUUCUGGCCAAAACUGUACUGAUUUUUUUAUUAUACGUGAAAUCGUUGGUAAUAUAUUUUUACGGAAUAUAAAAAAGUUUUAUAUAUGUAUGUAAAUACAAGCCAUUAGUUAAAGUUGAAAUAAUUUUAAAAAAGGAAGGUUUGUUGCGCACAAAAAUAUUCAAAUUAUCAACCGAAUUUAAAAAAACUGAAGGUUGAUUCAAAUAAAUGCAGAUGCUGCGAAUGCUUCAGAAAGUUUGACAGUGAGAGACAAAGAAAGGUUUUCGUACUUAUAUUGUUAAACUAUCGCUCAAAUGUCGAUCUGUCGACUUUGCAAGUAUUUGCAGAAAAAUACUUUGAAAUGUUAAAUCAUCCAUAGUCAUCAUCCAAUGGAGAUUUUCCCGCACAUUUAACACUUAUGCACAAACCCAUAAAACUAACACUGUAUAAAGGCGAAAGGCAACUGUGGAAAAUAAUCCUGUGUGCAGAAUAUUGUUGAUAAAUAAAACGUUAUAUUUACA